CAAAUUUGUACCCAAUAUGUCAAUCCGUACAAAGCCAAAAGCAUUUAAAAUGAAGAAAAGAGGUGAUUUAGAUGCCUUCAUUGAAGACGAACUCAAGAAUAUGAACCCAGGAAUGGGAAGCAAGCCCAUCAAGGUUGGUAAAAAGAAAGUCAAGGUCUCAAGCAAGAACUUCAAACCUUCAUUCGCAGGAAAAAAAAUAAAGAAAAUGGAGCCAAGAACCGACCAAGCACUUGUAUUGGAUAAUUCUGCGGUUAAGGAGGACAAACCCACUCCUAAAAGGAUGACUCCUUUCAAGCCGAUGAAAAUUAAGAAUAAGCCAGGAGCCAAGCAGCUGAAUUUCUCUAUGAGCGGAACUGAAGAGAAGCAGAAAAAGCCUCAAGGACCUUCGAAACUUCUUGCUUUCCAGGAAAAGGUAAAGAACCGAAAAUAUGAAGCUCCGGUGACUCUUGUAAAAGAGCCUGAAGAUGAUUCGUAUUCUGAUGAUUACGAAGAAGAUGGAUUUGAAAGUGACGAUGACAAGAAGGACAUCAAGAAAGCUCUUCAAAAAGAGAACAGGAAAGCACUGAAAUUUAAUGACAAGCUAAAGCCUAAGAUCAACAACAAUAAUAACUCCUUCCUCAUGGGAAAUAAUGGGGACUCCAAUAGAGAUAACCUCGGCUCUAGAGGAAGUAAUAAGCCUAGACUUCAGACUCCAGAGAAAGGAUUCUCUGAAGGAACAAAAUUAGUUAUGAACAAAAGAAAAAUCACAGCUGGGGCUGCCAAUAAACAGCAAGAGAGAAUUCAGAAUUUGGUCCCUAUUAUCCAAAUAGAAACUGAGGAGUAUGAUAAUCAGCUGAAUAUCAAGCCACAGACUUCCCAGGAUUUGUAUUUUAAUAAGUUACAAACCUUCAAGAUCCAAAAUGAGAUGGUUCAAACUAACGACGAUAACAUUAGUCGAGACAUACAGACUGAUGCUAUUGAGGAGAAGGAGGUACAAGCUCAGGCUCCUGAAGACCUUUUCAGUAAGAACGAGAGCACCAAAUCUCAAGGCACCCAAGAUCUUGGUGGUUUUAUCCAAAGAGUAACUCCUGUAAUGGAAAUGAUCUGUGAAGAAAAUGUACAAUUAGCUGAUUUGGUAAAUCCUUCUGCGAAAGAUAAAAAUCCUGUUGAGCAGAAGGCUAAAAUAUCGUUCCCAAUUGAUUUAUGAAAAGUGCUGGGAAGUAAGAUGAAGAGAGUCUCUUGAACCCAUUCUUUUGAAACUGCUCCACACAGGAAAUGAGCUGUCUCUUACGUCUUAGAGAAUCCAGAUGGCGAAGAGGCUUAUAUAACAGUUGUAUACCAUCUUUCCUCUUCUAGUUCGAUCAAAUAUCUGAAGACUCAGAACGAAGUCACUAGUAUGUGCACUCCUUUCGAAAAUGUAGUCAUAUGUGGAACAAAGCUGGGGUCUAUUUGAGUGUUCGAUCUUGAUGAGAAUUUUAGGAAAGAAGAAGUAAGCCUCGGUGACGAAAUCAAUACAGAUCUGGAGAUGGAAGCAUUAAGAGACCAUUAUAGAAUUAUUGAUCCUACAUUUACGACUGAUGGGCUUCCAGAAGUAGUUCAUUACUUUGAAAUUACAAAAUUAGUAUCCUUAGUCAGAAAAGGGUCCUACAGGGUCGUAGCAAUUGAUAAUGUUGGCAAACUUUCAUCUUGGAUUCUGAUAGAAUUCAGUGAAGGAGACUGGGCUGGUUCCUUAGCAGAUCUUUCUCUCAAAGUUGGAGGAAAAAUGAAGCUUGCACUUCAUUCGGAAAUAGAUUUAAGCGAAAAAUUAAAAAUUAUCUAUGAUCCUGAAACGUUUGAAAUAGCUUUUGAUCCCAACGAUCAGAAUUCAUUCAUUUUCAGUACCAGUGACGGCCUAUACUACAGCAAACUUUAUAACAAAGCAGAUGAUAAUUCAAGCAAGAAAGGGGGACCGAUUAUCAGAACUCUUGAUACAAGUUCUGUCGGAGAACUGAUCAGGGUUACAUCGAUAUCAUACUCUGAUAAAGGCUUCAUCCUAACAGGAUUCGAGGAUGGUUCAAUAGGUUUGUAUCACAUAGAUUUUUCUACACCAAUAUCUAUUUGGUACAACUCGUGAGAGACAGCAGUACAGGAAAUCAAAUGGUGAACAAUUUAUUUCUCUGAAGGUAGAUCUAACAUGAGAGCCGGUGAUUUAAACUCUCACGAAGCUGAAGUAUCUGACUCCCGAUUUGCUUCAAGACUUUGUGAGUUCUUUGUUGUUGAUGUCAAUGAAAAUUUCUAUAUAUGGAACCUGAACAAGAACAUCCACAAAUCAAUUCACAAGAUCAAUUUUGGAGAGAAGCAUGGUGGAGUGAUAGACAACAGUAAAUCAAUUAUCUCCAACACUUGAUCAGACCAGUCAUUCUAUACUGGCUUCUGCAUCGAUGAUUACCAGGUUGUGUUCUAUUUCAUGAACUUCAAGAAGGGAACUAAGAUAUCAAAGGAGAAGAUUGAUAGUGAGAACCAGAAGUCUAUAAAGCUGCUCAAAAUCCAACCUAAUUAGUUGCAACUAUGCAUAA